AUGCAGCAAUUCCUCUCCGCCAUCGGCCGCAAAUGCUCCGUCGUGAACCUCGACCCGGCCAACGAUCGCACGUCCUACCCCUGCGCGCUCGACGUGCGGGACCUGGUCACGCUUGAAGAGGUCAUGGCGGAGGAAGAGCUGGGGCCGAACGGGGGAGUGCUUUAUGCGCUUGAGGAGCUCGAGCAUAACGGAGAGUGGUUGGACGAGGGCUUGAGGGGCCUUGGGGAGGAUUAUGUGCUGUUUGAUUGUCCGGGCCAGGUGGAGCUCUUUACGCAUCAUUCGAGUUUGAGGAAUCUUUUUUUAGGAUACAGAAGCUUGGCCAUGCUCCAGAUGGACCUUCCACACCUUAACGUCAUGACAAAAAUCGACAAGCUCGCGAGCUAUGGACCUCUUCCGUUUAACCUGGACUUCUACACAGAAGUCCAAGACCUCUCAUACCUGCUCCCUCACCUAGCGAACGAGAACCCAGUGAUGCGGCAUCCUAAGUUCGAAGGUCUCAACAACGCAGUCGUCGAAUUGGUGGAAGAUUUCGGACUCGUAGGCUUCGAGACCUUGGCGGUCGAGGAUAAGAAGAGCAUGAUGACGCUGCUGCAGGCUAUUGAUCGAGCUGGAGGAUAUGCAUUUGGUGGUGCUGAAGGAGCGAACGAUACGGUGUGGCAGGUUGCCAUGAGGGAGGGGAUGACUGGGAUGACGAUCCAUGAUGUGCAAGAGCGGUGGAUUGAUCGAAAGGAGGAAUUUGAUGAGUUGGAGGCGAAAGAGCGGGAGGAAGAGGCUAGGGCCCAGGAGACGCCGCCGUUGACUGAGGACGGUGGAGAGGAGGAUAGUGAUGUUGAAGAGAUGGGUCCUGUCCCUGACAGCGGCGUGAAGGUGCUGCGGCGAUCAUGA